CAACACUAUGAAAGAGCUUUCGGUAAUCUGCACGGUAGACUUAACAGCAUUAGCUCUCAAAUACUGUAUGCAUUCCCUUUAAGUUGUUGAUGUAAAGUUGAUGUUGAGAAGAAAAGUGAACUCCGCUGCUGCUUCAACAACAAGAGGAGGUCCUCAUGGUGGAUUCCUGCGUCCUGCUGUGCACAUGAAGCUAAACACAUGCAGCACACAAUGACACAUGGCUUUCCCCCGUCUAAAAGGCUUUAAUUGCGUGUGUUGAUGAAUCUGGAGAAGACUGCUGGCUUUGUUCCUUGCCUGAGCUCUGAACUGCACGAUCUGAAUUGGUCAUCGAGAGAUGGAGGUGUCUAGAAGAGCAACUAACACUGAUCAAGUGUGCACUGAUGGUGGAGGCGAGAAAACUGUGAAAGAUAAUGCAGUUCACCUGAGGAGGAGGAUCGGCUUGCUGCCAGCCAUUUCCUUCAUCAUCGGCACUGUGGUGGGCAGCGGCAUCUUCAUCGCACCCAAAGGAGUCCUGAUGAACUCGGGCAGUGUGGGACUGUCCCUGCUGGUCUGGGCUCUGUGUGGCGUCCUGUCCACUUGUGGAGCUUUGUGUUAUGCUGAGCUUGGUACGAGCUUUACUAAAUCAGGUGGACAUUACACAUACCUGCUGGAGACUCUUGGGCCGCUGCCUGCCUUCCUGCGACUGUGGACUGAGUACAUAUUCAUUAGACCUGCAGUGGCCUCGUAUGUGUCUCUGGCAUUCGGCCGUUAUGUGGUGGAGCCAUUUUUCAUGCCGUGUGUCGCUCCGACAGUUCUGGUCAAAAUGGUCAGCAUGCUGGCAGUCACAUUUGUGGUGGCGGUGAACUGCUGGAGUGUGUCUUUAGCUGCUCGUACGCAAGUCUCGCUGACCUUCAUCAAGAUGUUUGCUCUGGUUCUGAUCAUCAUCCCUGGAAUCAUGGCUCUGGCCAACGGGAACACCAAAAAUUUCCAGAAUGCCUUUGAAUCUGAUUCUGUAUCUCUGACUAAACUACCCCUGGCCUUUUACUCAGGUCUUUAUGCAUACGGUGGAUGGUUUUAUUUAAAUUUUAUAACCGAAGAGGUAAUUAACCCCAACAGGACCAUCCCAUUGGCCAUCACGUUCUCCAUGGUGACUGUUACAGUGUUUUACGUGCUGGUCAAUGUGGCUUAUUACACAAUGAUGACCGCAAAUGAGUUGCUGGUGUCAGAUGCUGUGGCAGUGACAUUUGCAAACCGGGCUCUUCAAGGUAUCGCUCCUGCAAUACCAGUAUUAGUGGCUCUUUCCUGCCUUGGAGCUCUGAAUGGAGGUUUUUUUGGGUCACCAAGGAUGUUGUUUGUGGGAGCCAGAGAGGGUCAUUUACCGGCGAUCUUCUCCAUGAUCCAUAUUCGCAGACAAACACCACUGCCAGCCGUGCUGUUUCUGUAUCCUCUGGUGAUUGUCAUGAUGGGGAGAGGAGAAAUCUUUCAGCUCAUCAACUUUGCCUCAUUCUCCCGUUGGCUCUUCAUUGCGCUGGCGACUUUAGGGUUGAUCAUCCACCGCUACAGAUUUCCAGAACAUCCCAGACCUUUCAAGGUCCCUAUAGCAGUGGCAGUGGUCUUUACCAUAGUAUGUUUCUUCAUUGUUGGGCUCUCCUUGUAUUCCGACCCUUGGAACACCGGCGGCAGCUGCGCCCUCACUGUCUCUGGAGUCCCAGUGUAUUACCUGACGGUCAAGAAAUCAUGCAUACCCGAACGCUGGAAAAAAGCCUUCAAUUAUGUCAGUGAAAAGCUGCAGAUUCUCCUGGAAGUUGCGCAGCAGGAAGUUCAGACCUACUGAUCAACCAAACAUGAUACCAAACAACUGCAAAAGGCAUCACACUUUUACAUUUUAUUGGUGCUUGUGAGUUUUUGUAAUGGUGAUAAUAUUGGGAAGAUGAAAAAACAAAUAUUGAGAAUCCAAAAGCAUCAGUGUAAUGAAGUCUGUUAUAACUAGAACGACCUGUAAAAAAUGCUGAGCUCCACACAAUUCCUUUAUGUGUACCAACACAAAUCGAUUAAAGGGCUCCUAUUUUACCACUUUUACAA